AUGGACGCACAAAAACCAGGAGUUCCUGGUUCAAAACCCCCAAGCAGAAUUCCUCCCACGUCUUCCACGCCGGUUAUUAACUAUUCACGACCUCUUUUUGGCCAUUCACCCUCCUCCAAUAACAACAGCAGCAAGCGACCAACUCGAGAGGAGAAGGGGAAGGGCAAGGGCAAGGGCAACGAGGUGGUGGUUAUGGAAGGUGAACGACAAGAUAUCUCGGGGAAGAACCAGCCCCAGCCCCAGCUUGAGUGGAGAGAUGAAGAUGAUGGUUAUGAGGAGGAUGACGAGGAAUGGGGAGGUGAUGAAGAAGAUGAGAAUGACGAGAACGACGAUAACGAUGGUAACGCAAAGGUAGAGGAAGAGGAAGAGGAAGAAGAGAGUGACGAUGAAUACACUGAACUCUUCCAGGUUCUGGCAAAUAUAGCGAGAAUGAAAGCUUUUGAUGAAAGGAUGAACAACAACAACGAAGGGCGGGUUGGUUCAGGUGGCGUGGUGGGUUGGUAUCAUGGGGUUCGGUAUUUGGGUAUGGGUGAGUUUUUGAAGAGGUUUGAGGAGGGUGGGGAUGGUGCGGAUGGGGAUGGUGCGGAUGGUGAGAAGUCAUCUGACGAGGAAGGAAAGGAGGAGGAGGGAAAAGAAAAGAAGGAGCUGGAUGAUGAGCAAAAGGAAAUUGGGGAGGGGAAGGAGGGAAAGAACGAGGUGGGAAACGGGGGAAGGAACGAUGGGGAGGAGGAAGGAACUGGAAAUCAGGAGAAGGGGAAAGCGGAGCAGGAGGGGCAGAAGGAGGAAGAGGAUUACGUUCUUGUCAAAGUCCCAGGGGAAGAACCCGAUUCGGAUGAUGAGAUUUGGUGCUUGCUUGAAGAUAGUGAGGAAGAGAAGGGCAGCAAGAGUGACACUGAGGGCAAGGAAGACAAAAAAAGCGAGGAGGACAAGGAGGACAGCAAGAACACUGAUGACAACAAGGACAGCGCUGAGAGACACGGCGACGGCUACAGCAGUAACAGCGACAACGAAGACGACGACGAUCACGGUUCUGAUAAUGACGAGUGGCACGACUGCCCUCUUUGCCACCCACACCUCAAUAGAACAAACACCUCAACCACUACCACUCCGACUUUCCGGCCACAGUUUCGGCCAAAGUUUCGGCCGACGUUCCAGCCAACUAUCUGGCAACAACGACAACCACAACUACGAUCCCAACCACAUCUGCAGUCACAACCACAACUCCAAGACCAAGAACAACAAAUUCUCCACAUAAGCCCACACGUCGACAUCUUCCAAACCUCUCCCGCAUCCUACACCAUCCAACUCGCCAUUCCCGGCUUCAAGCGGCGGGACGUCAGCAUUGCUUAUGAUUCCAAUGUGAACGUGUUGACCGUCAGCGGGGUUUUAUAUCGGCCUGUCUAUCCUACUGAGGAUUCGGAUUCGAAUUCGGAUUCAUCAUCAUCUUCUUCUUCUUCUCUUGAUUCUGAUUCCCAUUCCGGUUCUGAACGCGGGACACAGACAGGUGAAGAUGGACGUGGUAGUCCAAAUCGCGCCUCUAGUACUGGCCAGGCUUCGAACCAGCCCUCACCAAACCAGGCCUCAGCAAAUCGGGCGGCCUCAUCCUCAUUUCGGGAGUCAAGAUCCGACUUCGAAGCAGACCUGGAGUUGUGGUUAGCUUACGAGCGCAAGUCAAGAUUGGGGGGUAAGAAGGAAAAGCACGAGAAAGAAGAUGACGGGGACAGGGAUAAGGAUGAGAAUGACGACGGCUACAUAAUUACCACCACCACCACUGGGACUGACGCUAAUAUCAACCAUUCUCCGGACCUGGCUGCAGAAGAGGGAAGAAUUCCCAUCGGAAGGUUCUCAAAGAAAAUUUACUUCGUUGUCUACGCAUCAACACCUUCAUCACCUCUUUCGUCUACAUCUGGGGAACAGAAGAAGGUCAGGCGAGUGGACUACGAGCGGCUAAAGGCGAAGUUGGAGGACGGGAUCUUGACUGUUGCUGUCCCGCUUGUUGUUGAUGAGGGUGAGAUGGAGAACGAGAGGACGGGAAGACAGGAAUAA